CUUUAUUGUUGAAGGAGACGUUUUCAACGAUAGUUUUUUAAAAGCAGUUGAAGACUUCGAAGGAAUAGUUCAAGAAACAGCAGCUAAUCUUUCUAAUGAUAAGCUCAAGGAAUUAACUGAGCAAGAAGAAAACAAAAAUAUUGAUAGUAGUGAUUUCGAAGAAGAGCAAAAAGAACUUUCGAUGUCAUUUGUAAAAAGGAGUUUGACCACUAUAACUGAAAUUAUGGACCAAUUUGUUGAAAAUGAUCCAAAUUUUGACAGGAGUUCAAAAGCAAGACGGGGUGUUAUAGAUGCUUUAUCCACUUAUCAACAACUUCUAACAGAAUGCAAAAGGAAGACGCAAAUUACAUUAGAUGCCUUCUUGACAAAAAGGCAGAAAAUUGGAAACACAGAAUAGACUGAAUGAUCUGACUGAGAAUUUUAUUUGUUUUUGAACCAAAAAUACUGAAAGAAACAUGCCGAACGGGACGAUUGAUAACAAGCAAACACUUAGCGUUCAGCCUGGAGAACUCAGGACGUUCUUGCAGGCUUUGAGAAGUGAUAUUUUAAAAGACGUUGAUACCAAAUUGUUUAAAGCCAUUGACAGCUUAGUAAUGGAGCUGGAACUCAAGCAAAGAAAGACAAAAAAUGGGAUAACUACUAAGCAGCUAUAUCAUAAAGAUACUGAGAAACCGAAGGAACUGCCUCCAAAAGAAUUUGUAUUAAGAAAUUCUACCCUAACAAAUCUGUGGGAAGUAUCCCAUCUCAGUUCUGUGUACAACAUCUGCCUUGCUAUUUUCCUUCUUAUGUAUCUGAAUAUCACUAUAUUUUAUUCUUUGGAUUCUCAGAAAUUGAAAAAGGAUUUAUCAGUUGUAUUAUGGACAUUUGGCAAAUUUCACAUAUAUGCUGCCACUUGGUUUGGAAUGAUGUUUUCUAUAAUUUUCUUGCUUUAUCCUAUUUUUCGAUUCUGGGCUAAUACACGAUUGUUUGUUUGGAAGAAAAGACUGUAUGAUUCAAUAUUUUGCUUCUUCUUUGUCAUAUAUCAAUUUGGGUUGCUGCUGAUACCAGCCAGAAUAAUUGUGUCUUAUAAUUUACCACCAGUUUCCUCUUUCAUCAUACUAGCUGAGCAGGCUAGGCUGAUGAUGAAAACACAUGCAUUUGUUAGAGAAAAUGCUUCCCGUGCAUUGAGAUACAAGCCUCAUCAAGAUGGUGAUAAAGAUGAAGAAAUUUCCAAACCUUGUCCAGAAGUACAAAAAUUAAUAUAUUUCUUAUUUGCCCCAACUUUAGUGUAUCGGGAUCAUUAUCCACGAACUCCCAUUGUUCGAUGGAGAUACGUAACAUGGAAUUUCUUACAAGUAUUGGGCUGCAUAAUAGGUGCUUAUAUACCUUGUACAUAUUUUAUUGUAGACAUGUUCGAUAAGACAGGUAUUGAACCUAUACCAUUAGUGAAUUUCAUGGGCAUAUUGGCAACUUCCAUUUUUGCUGGUGGUAUACUUAUGUUCCUAGUAUUCUAUGGAAUGUUUCAUUGCUGGUUAAAUGCUUUUGCUGAAAUGCUGAGAUUUGGAGAUCGAAUGUUUUAUGAUGAUUGGUGGAAUUGCACAUCUUUUGCCAAAUAUUAUCGUUCCUGGAACAUGGUGGUUUAUGACUGGCUAUAUUCUUACAUUUACCGAGACAUGUAUACCCUACUAGGCCAGAGUAGAGUUGGUGCCAUGUUAGUGGUUUUUAUGAUAUCUGCGAUAAUUCACGAAUAUAUUUUAGCCAUGUGCUUUAAAUUUGUGUUUCCUUUGUUGUUCUUCUUGUUUUCAAGUUUUGGAAUUAUAUUAGUGUUUAUAACAAGAAGAAGAACAUCUAGUUUUUGGAAUGUUUUCUUGUGGAUUUCUAUGUUCCAAGGCUGGGGAAUUUUGACUGUUUUCUACAGCCUAGAAUGGUAUGCCAGAAUUAACUGCCCCAGGACUUUAGAUUCUUGGUUAGAUUAUGUAGUUCCUCGCUCAUUCAUGUGUGAUGUAAUAUCCUUACCAUCCUAGUAUGGAGAUGUGAGAAGAGGAAGUAAAUUCAAAACAUCAGGUUUAAGAAGUUCUUCAUAUAUUGGAAUGGUACUGUUUAAUUAUACAAUAUAGUAUUGAAUCUGUAGUUAAAGUAUUAUUUUCAGAGAGUGUGAAAUGAACAUUUUGUACAGUUCAUUCCAAGUGUGUUUCCAGUUAAAA